GAAAGAAAAGAGAGAACGGAGGCAUACAUACAUAGAGGGGUGGAAACAGGAAGGAAGCCGCAGGUGAGAGAGAACGGGGCCAAAAUGGAGGUGAGCAUGGAAGAAGGAGAGGCGGUGGCUUGUUCUGAGGAAUUUGGAGAGUUAGCACCACCACAGCCCACGUUACAGAAGUCGGCGUACGAUAUGCUGCAGCAGAGCAGGACUUCAGUGGAGGAGAUCGUGACCAAGAUGCUCUCCAUCAAGCGAGAAUCCAAACCCAAAUCCCAACUCCGUGAGGUCGUCACUCAGAUGCUCCUCAAUUUCGUCGCUCUUCGUCAGGCAAAUCGUUCCAUCUUGCUUGAAGAAGAUCGUGUAAAAGCAGAAACAGAACGUGCAAAAGCACCUGUUGACUUCACAACGUUGCAGCUCCAUAACUUGAUGUAUGAGAAAAGUCAUUAUGUGAAAGCAAUAAAAGCUUGCAAAGACUUCAAGUCUAAACAUCCUGAUAUUCAGCUUGUGCCUGAGGAAGAAUUUUUUAGAGAUGCACCGGAAGAUAUUAAAAGCUCUGUAAUAUCAAAUGACAGUGCACACAAUUUGAUGCUCAAGAGGCUCAAUUUCGAGUUGUUCCAGCGCAAAGAAUUAUGCAAACUUCAUGAGAAACUCGAACAACAAAAGCAAAAACUUCUGGAGACCAUUGCUAACAGGAAGAAGUUCUUAUCGAGUCUUCCUUCACACCUCAAGUCGCUUAAGAAAGCAUCAUUGCCCGUACAGCACCAACUGGGGGUUCUGCAUACAAAGAAACUGAAGCAGCAUCACUUGGCAGAGUUGCUUCCCCCUCCUCUUUAUGUGAUUUACUCACAGUUCUUGGCCCAAAAGGAAGCAUUUGGGGAAAACAUUGAUAUGGAGAUUGCAGGAAGUGUGAAGGAUGCUCAAGCCUUCGCUCGACAGCAAGCAAAUAAAGACACUGGUAUUUCUAGCAACAUAGAGAAUUCCAAGUUGGAGGAUGAUGUACCUGAAGAGGAAGAUGAUGGGCAAAGAAGGAGAAAGCGGCCAAAGAAGGUUCCAGGCAAAGAGAAUCUUGACCAGACAGGAAUAUAUCAAGCUCAUCCACUGAAAAUCAUUCUCUAUAUACAUGAUGAUGAGGCUUCUGAUCCCAAGUCUACAAAACUAAUCACUCUGAAGUUUGAAUACUUAAUAAAGUUGAAUGUUGUAUGUGUUGGGAUUGAAGGCUCCAAUGAAGGACCUGAGAAUAACAUCUUAUGCAACUUGUUCCCCGAUGACACUGGCCUUGAACUUCCUCACCAGUCAGCCAAGCUCCACGUUGGUGAUGCCCUGACAUUUGAUGAAAGGAGAAGUUCACGUCCAUAUGGGUGGGCCCAGCAUUUGGCUGGAAUUGAUUUUUUGCCAGAGCUAUCACCAUUUCUUACAAGCUGUGAAACUACAGGCAAUGAAACAGCUAAAAAUGCUGCGGUUAUAUCUGGUCUCUCCAUAUACCGUCAGCAAAAUCGCGUACAGACAGUUGUGCAAAGGAUUCGCUCUCGGAAAAAGGCUCAGCUGGGUCUUGCGGAUCAGCUUGAUUUACUUUUGAAGCUUAAAUGGCCUUCUCUGACUUGUGAAAGCGUUCCAUGGGCCUCGCAUACCCCUUUAUGCAGUUUGCAUGGUUGGUCACCUAAUCAUGCUUCGUCUUUGCCUGUUGUUGAUGUGGAACAAGGUCAGGGCCCUUCAGACAUGGAUAUGGAUGGAAGGUCUGGUACUUCAAGGGAAGAGGUAGAAAAUGCAAGGGAAGAUGGGGAACUUCCAUCUUUAGUUCCGGUCUCAGCUGUCGUAAAUGAUGUUAAACUCACUCCAAAAGGAUCCGAUCUUGAGCACUCCAAACGGCUGUCUUUGAUUUCAAAGAGUAUGGUUUCUCCAAUCGGGAUGGCAAAAUCUCAAAGUUUCAGGAAAAAUUACGAGGAUUCAGAACUCCUGCUGGAUUCUGAAAGUGAUCUGGAUGAGCCUGUACAAAUUGAUCAAGAGACAGAAAAUACAGCCUUGAUUGGGCGCUAUGAAAUGGUUGGAAAUUCUUGGGCUGACUAUGGUGUGCAGGAAUAUUCUCUUGUUUUAACCAGGACUGUGGACAAUAACAAGACGAACAUGAAGUUAGAAGCCAAGAUUAAGAUAAGCAAGGAGUAUCCUCUUAGGCCCCCUUAUUUUACACUGAGUCUUUCUACUGCAUUGCUUGGAGAAAAUCAUUCCGAGAGUGGUGGUUCUGAGUGGUAUAAUGAACUUCGUGCCAUGGAAGCAGAGAUCAAUGUUCAUACAUUAAAGUUGAUACCUCUGGAUCAAGAGAACUUCAUCUUAGGCCAUCAAGUACGUUGUCUAGCAAUGCUGUUUGACUUUUACAUGGACGAAGGUGCCCCAAGUUCUGAGAGGAGAAAGAGUACUUCCGUGGUUGAUGUAGGUUUAUGCAAGCCUGUAAGCGGUAGUCUACUUGCCAGAUCAUAUAGAGGAAGAGAUCGUAGGAAGAUGAUCUCCUGGAAGGACAGCGGUUGUACCCCUGGCUAUCCUUACUAGAAGCAUCUAUUUCGGACCCAGAUUUGAUCCGAAUUCAAAGAUUCUUCUUAUUGGAUUUGAGGGAUGGGGAAAGGAUUGUUGAUUGAGAUAUCUUUUUCUGAGGUUUUCAUUCUACUGUCAAGGUAGUAGAUCUGCAAAGUAUUAUGGUGUUCGGAUUAUGUGGUUUUUGUUAUUUUUGAAUUCAUGGCGUUUUGAGUCCCUUGAAUUUUGAAAAGCUAAUAUCGAUAUUUUGUUAUGAAUGUCAUCAUAAUGAUUCAGGUGGGUAUGGCGUUCUCGUUGAACAAUUGUUUCUUAGAUUGAAACUGUGUAAACCUUGGAGUUCUUGCAAAUAGUAGUAGAGCUGGUGCUUUGGUAAUCAUGCCUGCACAUCUGCAUUAGAACUUGUUACCUAAUGGUGCUCAGUAAUUGUGAAUAAACUUCAGCUAACUUGUGACCCAAAUGGCCAAGUUAUUGAUUGACAAGUAA